AUGGAGUACAAUUUCCAUUUGCCUUUACGGCCAUCUCCCUUGUCUCAGCCGGAGCACCAUCACUUCUUCUAUGUUUCAAAUCAUGGAAGAUUAGAUAAGGAUAAACAAGAGGCGAAGGACAAGAGGCGAAAGAUUAGUCAACACAAUACUACGGUGAAUGAAAACUAUUCAGAUAAACAGCAACAGCCAGUUAUUGAUGACGCUGUGCCUCCAGAACUCACUGCCGUGUUAUCUAGUUUCUCACUAUUUAAGACAGCACCAACCUCAUUCUUCAAAGAUUUAACAAAAAAGCUACGACUUGUCCAAUACCACCCACAAGAAUACAUUGUUAGGGAGAAAGAAACUGCGAAGGCCAUGUAUUGGAUUUUAAGAGGAAGUGUAGGUGUAGUUUCCAUGGAUGGUGAGUCCAUCUAUGCGGAGCUUGCCGCUGGUAGUUUCUUCGGCGAAAUUGGAAUUCUUUUCCACCGCCCUAGAACUGCUACAGUUGUUGCUCGUACAAAAGUUCUUCUAGGGAUUUUAACAAAAGAUGCUCUCUAUCAAGUUCUUCCAGGAUAUCCCCAAAUUGAACGGAUUAUUAGGGAUGAAGCUCAAGAACGAUUGGCGGUGCAGGAAAAGAAGAAAAGAGCUGGCGUCAGGUCAUUCACCACUUCCAUUACCCCUGCAGUAUUUCCCAGCAUCUCUGGAGUUAUGGCUUCUGAUAACGCUCUUGAUAAUUCCCCAAUACCAGGGCCAAAUCUUCCUCCUUUGAGAUCUAUCCUAAACACGGAAAGAUCCUUAGCAGAAGGUCAUUUGGAUCUAGUAGAUCGCUCUUUUUCCAUUCAAAGGUUUUUAAAACAUCUUCCUGUUUUUGAUAAUCUUCCUUCUGAUAUUAUUCAUGAUUUGGCUCUUGCUGUGGAGUUGAAAAAAAUUGAAGCUAUGAAUUUUGUUUUUAAAAAACAUGACACAGGUUGCGACAUCUACUUCAUAAUCAGCGGAGAGGUAGAAGUUCUGGAUUCUAAGUUUGACAGAGUCCUUGCCAGGCUUUCUACUCCGAGUUAUUUUGGAGAAAUGAGUUUUCUCAGCCUGAAUGAUAGCAAUAGCCCCAACUUACAACCAACUAGAAGUGCAGAUAUACGGGCCAUUUCAAACACACAAUUACUUGUAGUGCCAGGAACAAAGUUAACACAAAUAAUAGAAAAUUAUCCUAGUAUCAAAGAGGAAAUGCAAAGAACAGCUCGAGAGAGGAAGAUCAGAAACUAUUCCAUUACAGCAGGAUCUCCACUUGAACAUUUGGUCAAGGAAGCAAAAACAGGCAAACUAUCAGAAAUCCUAAAUAAUUCUUACGAUGAUGAUCGAGAUGAUGUUUUACCUAUUCUGCAACCCGUAUUCAAGAAAAAUUUUGGUUGGAAUGAGUGGAAUGAUGGCAAAAGUAACAGAAAAACGCCUUCUCCAUCAAGGUCUCCAUCCCCUGGGGGGAUGCUGUUAUCACCUUCACCAAGAGCCAUUUCUCCUAAUACAAGUGUUCAGUAUCCAGUUGCGGACUACAAUACCCCAAGAAUGAAUCCAGUUUUACCAUCAAUCAACACGUUCCGAUCGCACAAGACUCCUACAUUUCAAUACACCCCACAUGCUCAUAGAAUGAGAUUGAACUCCGUCAAUGCAGGAAGGAGACACAGUGUCAUCAAUUCCAAUAUGGGACCAUUUCCAGAAAGCAUUCUUUUGUUUAUCAUGGACCUGAUGCCUUUGGAUGAACUGAUGAAAUGCGCCUCCGUCUGUGUUAAAUGGAAGCAACUUUCAUAUCUAAGUGACAAACUCUGUCGUGUUUUGGAUUUGACUCCUUGGAACACUUUGAUGGAUGACGAGAUAUUAGCUAAGAUUACAAAGUUUGUUGGGUCAAGACCCACGCACAUCGACAUUUCAAAUUGCUAUCACAUCACAGACGAAGGGUUCUCUAACCUAAUCAACGAAGUGGGAAUAAGAGGAUCAAUAACGACAUUAAACAUGAAGAACUGUUGGAACAUUAGUGCGAUGGCAAUCAUGGAUCUAACUGUGCCAAGUGUUGGACACAACCUCACUAGCAUCGAUCUUUCAAAUUGCCGUAAAGUUCGUGAUGUUGUCGUUGAACGAUUAGUUGGACACAAUGGUAGAAAAAACCCUCAAGCCUCAUUAUCCACAUACGCUGAUAAUAGCCCAUCAUUUGGCUGUCCCAAAUUGGAACACUUGAACUUGGGUUAUUGCAAAUAUUUGACAGAUAAGUCAAUGCUACACCUUUCUGAGAAUGCUAGUGACAUAUUAAAGUCUCUGGACCUAACAAGGUGUACCUCUAUCACUGAUAACGGCUUUUCUUUUUGGUCUGAAACUUUGUUCAGCAAGCUAACAACACUGGUGUUGAAAGAUUGCACAUUCCUUACAGACAAUAGCAUAAUUUCUCUUGCAUCAUCGUGCCCAAAUUUGGAGCAACUGGACUUGACUUUUUGCUGCGUGAUUACAGAUGCUUCCCUUUAUGUCAUACAACAGAAUUUUCCAUUGCUAACCGAUCUUAACCUGUCGUUUUGUGGCAGCGCAGUAAGUGACAACUCUUUGAUCGCGUUGUCCAAACUCGAGCAUCUGAGUAAUCUUAAGAUCAAGGGAUGUAUCAGAGUCACCAGGCAAGGAAUAGAUAUGUUGUUGAGCAACUCCCUAAGUAUUAACGACCUGGACAUCUCACAGUGUCCCUACAGUAAUACUUACAUGGGGAAGAAACUAGAACCGUUCAAAAAAUCGGCAGGAAGAUAUGUUUACUUAAAGGUAGCACCAUCAGAUCGCAUUAUCCGGGUCGAAUUGUGA